AUGAUUCCGCAGAAGGUUAAGGUUUCCGAUGGCGACGAGAGAGACAGAAUUCUCGCGCAAGUCCGAAAAUCCUUCCAAGUCGUCGAAUACAUCAUCAGACAAUCGACACAACAGCUGCUUGUUGUUCUCGAUAGCGCAACAGCGCCGAAUGUCCUAGCAAUUGAGGACAUUUCUUUUGAGGUGCUCACCCUAAUAUGUGAAGAGAAUGAAGCGACCUUUCGAUGCCUAACUUCCGAGGAGGAUAUUUGGGACUUCAUUGAUGAAAAACUUCCAGAGGAAUGGGAUUCAGUGAGAGGACCGCAGGUGGCAGAGACGGCCCCGGAGACAGUGGUGUACUUCAUCAAUCACUGGUCACGAUUCGUAUAUCUAGCUCUGUCAUUCAUUUACGAGAAGCAAAUUGACAAAGUCGAGAAAGAGGCUGUUGACGCAGAGAGGGAUGGCAGUAUCACUGCACUGUCAGGAGACUGGAAGCCUCGAAAAGAAUACCACGGAGAAAAACACAUCUCUUUGUUGUUUCAUGUACUAGGAGUUGACACGAUUGUCCUCGACUACUUCCCCUCAAGUGAUAUGGACUUGCCGUCGUCCAUCACCACCUGGCAGUCAUUAGUGCCAGCUAAGCGAAUACUGGGACCCUACAUCCGCCGCUUUCUGCAGAACCUCUGCGUGUUCUUUGGCCUGGAGCUAGAGGGCAUGCGACAGGCAAUAGUGGAGAACUAUACAGAGACAAAAGAUAAGUUAAAGCGGUGCUACUCGUUCAACUCGCUGGCUGACUAUACUGUAGACUCCAUUAGGCGCCGAAUCUUCGCACACAAACGAUCGGCGCCAGAUUCGCUAGCAAAUCGGAAAAAGCGAAUGGUAACCAUCAUGACAUUCUACUGUGAUGAUUUCUGGGAUACCGAUUCAGUAGUUGCCGUGAACCGAAUAACGGAGUUAAUGGAUCUCCUUGAGAAAGUGGUUACCUUCUCUGCGUCGACGACCAUUUUCCUCUGUGGAGAUAUCUGCACAGUUUUGCUAGCGUUCCUGUUCGACGGCAAAGUAGAGGUUCACUCGAAGGCUCAUGACAGAGAUGAAUCGCUACGGUCCGACGACUUCGAUGAGGGCAACAACCGCUAUGAAAGCUCAGGGGCUUGCUUUGCUAAAGCGGAUUUCGUGCUCCCGCACGUAGAUAGGGCAGCGAUGGUGGAAGGACGUCUUCACGCUGGCGAGGGGACAGAAGCGAUGCCCUCGGAAGUACUGGUGUCUUGUUCAGACACCGGAGAAGCGUCACCAGGGAAGGCAACUACGGCAAAAAAGAGCGAAGAACGAUUCGCAAGCAGAACCUCUCCGUCCGUCACGCCACACAACAUGGAGGGUCGUCAGAGCUCGUCCAUCAGGCGGCCACAAGUUGAAAAAUCCAGUCGUGGACGUCGUGGUCUUGUGUUGAUGCGAAAGUUCCCCGGAUGGUCGAAAUACGCAGCCAUCGUAGCGGAAGCAUUCAAACGUAUAUUGUCUACUGGUAAGCUCUCCCCAACUUGUUAG